ACACACACACACAAACCGCACACACACACACACACACACACACACACACACACACCGGCUUUCUUCACGAUGGAUAAUCUAUUACCUCCCACCAGAUUCUCUUCUUUCAAAAAAUACCCUCUUCAAGCUCUCAGGAAGUAUUUAGCGUCGCUGAGAAACGGAAGAGCUGAAGAUCAGGUUGCACGUUUUCAAAAAAUACCUAAUGGUGAAAAUGAGACAAUGAUUCCUGUACUGACAUCAAAGAAAGCAAGUGAAUUACCCGUCAGUGAGGUUGCAGGCAUUCUCCAAGCUGAUCUUCAGAAUGGGUUAAACAAAUGUGAAGUUAGUCACAGGCGAGCCUUCCACGGUUGGAAUGAGUUUGAUAUCAGUGAGGACGAACCACUGUGGAAGAAAUACAUUUCUCAGUUUAAAAACCCCCUUAUUAUGCUGCUUCUGGCUUCCGCAGUCAUCAGUGUUUUAAUGCAUCAGUUUGAUGAUGCCGUCAGUAUCACUGUGGCAAUACUUAUUGUUGUUACCGUUGCCUUUGUUCAGGAAUAUCGUUCAGAAAAAUCUCUUGAAGAAUUGAGUAAACUUAUGCCACCAGAAUGCCAUUGUGUGCGGGAAGGAAAAUUGGAGCAUACACUUGCCCGAGACUUGGUUCCAGGUGACACAGUUUGCCUUUCUGUGGGGGACAGAGUUCCUGCUGAUUUACGCUUGUUUGAGGCUGUGGACCUUUCCAUUGAUGAGUCUAGCUUGACAGGAGAGACAACACCUUGCUCUAAGGUAACAGCUCCCCAGCCAGCAGCCACUAAUGGAGAUCUCGCCUCAAGAAGUAACAUUGCCUUCAUGGGAACUCUGGUCCGAUGUGGCAAAGCAAAGGGUAUUGUCAUUGGAACUGGAGAAAAUUCUGAAUUUGGAGAGGUUUUUAAAAUGAUGCAAGCAGAGGAGGCACCAAAAACCCCUCUGCAGAAGAGCAUGGACCUCUUGGGAAAGCAGCUGUCCUUUUACUCCUUUGGUAUAAUAGGUAUCAUCAUGUUGGUCGGCUGGUUGCUAGGAAAAGACAUUCUGGAAAUGUUUACUAUUAGUGUAAGUUUGGCUGUAGCUGCGAUUCCUGAAGGGCUGCCCAUUGUGGUCACGGUGACGCUGGCCCUUGGAGUCAUGAGAAUGGUGAAGAAGAGAGCCAUUGUGAAGAAGCUGCCUAUUGUGGAAACCCUGGGCUGCUGCAAUGUGAUUUGUUCAGAUAAAACUGGAACACUUACGAAGAAUGAGAUGACCGUCACUCACAUAUUCACUUCAGAUGGAGUGCAUGCUGAGGUUACUGGAGUUGGCUACAAUCAGUUUGGGGAAGUGAUUGUCGAUGGUGACGUGGUUCAUGGAUUCUAUAACCCAGCUGUUAGCAGAAUUGUUGAGGCCGGCUGUGUGUGCAACGAUGCUGUGAUUAGGAACAACACUCUCAUGGGAAAGCCAACCGAAGGAGCCUUAAUUGCUCUGGCAAUGAAGUUGUGUCCCGUGUGUUUACAGGUCGCAGUAUUUUACAGAGCUAGUCCGAGGCACAAGAUGAAAAUUAUUAAAUCUCUGCAGAAGACUGGGUCGGUGGUAGCCAUGACAGGCGAUGGAGUAAAUGACGCCGUUGCCCUGAAGGCUGCAGACAUCGGGAUCGCGAUGGGCCAGACCGGCACAGAUGUUUGCAAAGAGGCAGCGGACAUGAUCCUGGUGGACGAUGAUUUCCAAACCAUAAUGUCCGCAAUUGAAGAGGGUAAAGGCAUUUAUAAUAACAUUAAAAAUUUUGUUAGAUUUCAACUGAGCACGAGUAUAGCAGCACUAACCUUAAUCUCACUGGCUACAUUAAUGAACUUUCCUAAUCCCCUCAAUGCAAUGCAGAUUCUGUGGAUCAAUAUCAUUAUGGAUGGACCCCCUGCUCAAAGCCUUGGAGUAGAACCAGUGGAUAAAGAUGUCAUCCGUAAACCUCCUCGUAACUGGAAGGACAGCAUAUUGACUAAAAAUCUGAUACUUAAGAUCCUUGUCUCAUCCAUAAUCAUUGUCUGUGGGACUUUGUUCGUCUUCUGGCGUGAGCUGCGAGACAAUGUGAUAACACCUCGAGACACAACAAUGACCUUCACAUGUUUUGUAUUUUUUGACAUGUUCAAUGCACUAAGUUCCAGAUCUCAGACUAAAUCAGUGUUUGAGAUCGGACUAUGCAGUAAUAAGAUGUUUUGCUACGCGGUUCUCGGAUCCAUCAUGGGACAGUUGCUAGUGAUUUACUUCCCCCCACUUCAGAAGGUUUUCCAGACGGAGAGCCUAAGCAUCCUGGAUUUGUUAUUUCUCCUGGGGCUCACAUCGUCCGUGUGCAUCGUGUCAGAAAUUAUAAAGAAGGUCGAAAGGAGCAGAGAAAAGAUCCAGAAGAACGUUAGCUCAACAUCGUCGUCAUCUUUUCUUGAAGUAUGAUGCAUAUUGCAUUUUUUUUUUAAUUUGCAAACUAGGAAUUGCAGUCUGAGGAUCAUUUAGAAGGGCAAGUUCAAGAGGAUAAUGAAGAUUUGAGAACUUUUUAACCGUUUAUUGACAAAAAAAAAUGAACAUUCAUGUUAAAGACUUGAUUUGAGACUUUAACCUGCUGGCAGUCCCAAAUGAAAUUAUGCAACUUUGAUAACAUACUCCUUGAUUUAAAUUGGCGAUUGUGAGAGAGUGGAACUUUAUAAAGCAUAUGGGCAGGUACUUCAUUACAAAAAAAAAAAGGCAAAACCUGAACCACCUUCUACACUUAAAGAGGUCUAAUGUACACAUACACUAUCUAUCUUAGAUAGAUAUAAAUAUUUUUUUUUAUUUUUAAAUAUUGUACUAUUUAUGGUGGUGGGGCUUUCUUACUAAUACACAAAUAAAUUUAAUCAUUUCAAAGGCAUUCUGUUUGGUUUAGAAGUUGAUUCCCAGGAGUGCCAUAUUUCAACUACUGUAUUUUCCUUCUUCUAGAAUACAAGCAGCUUAGACAACUUGUGCUACUACCAUUUUUAUAUUUCAAGUUUUUUUUUGUUUUUUGGUUUUUUUUUUUUUUGCACAGGAUAUGACCACUGUCAGAUCACUGUUCUUUCUUUUUGUGAUUGAAAAGCAUAUACUGCAGUUUGAAGUAAAUGUUUGCUUUUCUUAGUAAGUGUAAAUGGUUACUUUUUAUUUUAUUUUAUAUUUAAAGGUAUGAGUCUUUGGUCUAAGAGAAUUAGUGCAGGGAUCUCCAGUGGCAUUCUAGUUAGAGUUACGGGGUCUGUACUGAACACUUAGUCAUAGAGUCAAAGCCCUUUAAGACUGAGUAUAGUUUUAUAACCAAUUAACAUGUCAGGUCUCCUUGUCAGUCAGAUACAAAUUAUCUGCAUUGUCAAUAUCAUCUUGCCAUCCUUUAGAUAUAAACCUAAGAACUUCAGCUAAAUAGCUGAGUUUUAUUAUUCUUACUGUUCCACAUGUGCAUUUCCAUGCAUAUUUCUUAGGAAGCAUACAUCACUGUACUUAAAAGAAUAAAAUAGUCCCAGUCCUGACCAGAUGGUUUAGGAACCAGGGUGCAAGCAGAAGAUCCUCCACUGGCCUUGCUCUUAGGGCAUCUUUUUAGGCAGCUUUGUGGGCCUAGGUUGUAGCCCAGACAUUAGUCUGCCCCUUCUUUCUUCUCCCAUUGGUUUUCUAUCUUCUUUGUGUCUCAUUGGGCAUGCUAGAGAAGUAGAUGGGUUUGCUUUGUGUAGUGCCAUCAGUUUUUAUAAGAGCUUGGCGAAACAUGGGUAACUUGAAUGUGAGGCCAAUUUGGGCCUGAAACUCAGAAUCUAGAAACCCAUUUUCCUGCUGAAUAUUUCUCUCUCAAAGCCAAAAUGGGUCACCAAUUCUUACAAGAUUAUUUGUUUUUGAAGGUAGCAAGCUUUACGUCUCAUGAACCAUCAGAACAAAUCAUUCCUAAGCUUUUGUUCAACUAGAAAUUGCAAAUGGUAACACUGAAAUACUGUCAUGGACAGGAAAAUACCUAUUCUUUGAGUCAUUUUUACUGAAACCUGAGUAUAAGAAGCUGAGAUGUCUGCCCUUUGUCCUUCACUCAGGCUAAGUAGUCAGUUGUACAUUGUUCUCUAUUAGAUGGAGCUUGGAGGCCAUUGUUUAACCAGCUCUAUCUUUAACAAUUUGAUGUCUCAUACCUAAAUUUUGUAAUGAUUUUUUUAUUCUGCUACCAACUUGAAAUACCUAUUAUGUGCGUAUCAAUCAUUUUUGUUUUGCAGCGUGGGUUCAGAGUAUGAUUUUUGAAUGAAAUAAAUGUGCCUAUCUUUUCAUUUGGUUUUUGGACUCUAAAAAUAAAAUGACUUCUUUGUGUA